AGAGAGAGAGAGAGCAGCCAGGAGCACCUGAGAGGCAGCCAAGGCUGAGCAGUGAUGGAGCUCAGGAAAACGGGACGAUGAAGAACAGAAACUGUGAGGAGCUUUCAGUAUCUGAGAUACUUUGAGUAUUCUACACGGAAUGAGACUUCUCGGCUGUUUGUGACAAAUCAGGCAUCACAGUUGGGUUGUCCAGUCUGCCAUCCACUGUCAAAGGAGGGAUAAGCCCCCUCAUCCCUCUAAUGACCUCAAGUGGAGCAGAAUCUCAUGAAGGGGGAGCGGAGUAUCUAGGGAGCAUGGGUUGGAACGGAGGCCUCACCUCUCCAAGUAUGGAGGAACAUUUCUAUCCUUUCUUAAUUGAGCGAAGACCCUCAUACAUGGAGGAGGAUGAAGAGGAACAUGAAGAUGAAGACCUGAGUUUGGUGUUGGAGAAAAAGGACAAGGAUCUACUCCUAGCCGCAGAACUGGGGAAGGCUUUACUGGAGAGAAAUGACCAGCUGAUGAAGGCAAAAGAUGCUUUAGAAGAGGAACUUCGAGAAACCCUUGAGACGAUAGAACAGGAAAAACAUGAUAUGCGGCUGAAGAUGGAGGUACAGGAGAGCGAGUGGAGAGCACAAGUGGCAGACCUGGAAAGUGACCUAGCAGAAGCCAGACUACAGAUGCAACAGCUCCUGUCUGAGCAGAGAGAGUGCGGGAGAGAGUCAGCCAGUGCCGCGCAAGAGUUGUCAGAACAGAACCAGAGACUUGUGGAACAGUUAGCGCAGGCUUCUCAGGUAGAGCAAGCUCUCAACAUGGAGCUCAAGUCACUGAGAGAAGAAAAUCGAGACCUAACCAUCAGCCGGGGACAAUUUGCUCCAUGUCUACAGAGCCUACGGAGUGAGAAUGUUCUCUUGCUGGAAAAUAAAAAGGAAAUGGAGUCACAGACUAAACAGUUACAAGAUGAGAAUGAUAAUGUGCAGAACCAGCUGAUCUCUGCUAAAGAGGGCAUCUUUCACCUUCAGAGACAGAAGAAGGAUGCUGAGUUGCAGGUGCAACAGUUGCAGUUGGAAGCCCAGAAACUGAGAGACAGUCAGCGCACCCUGCAGCUCCAGGUGAAGGAAUUGCAAGAAGAGCUGCACAUGAGGGAUAGUCAAUUCUCCACUCACUUCUCACUGCACUCUGAGAUUCAGCAGAGCACUGCAGGCCAAGAUCACGAGAUGACUACUGAAGCCUUCCCUGGGUUGCCCUGUUUACCACCUUCUCCAUACAACUUGCAAAAGAUGGGGAGAAAUUCUGUUGAGACCCAAAGUAUUACCUCUGACUACAUGGAUACGUAUCUGACAGAGAGGGAAGGGGAUCUGCUCCGAGAUAGUGAAGAGGAGACCAUAAGGCUACAGGACAAGGUCACCAUGCAGCAUGUAGAACUCACCACUCUUCAAGAAGAAGUGCAGAGACUCCAGGAUUUGUUACAGCAGAAUAACUUAGACAGCAUUGCGAAACAGGCUGUAUUGGACCGGGACGAGGCUCUUAUGAAGAAAGGGGAGCUGGAACAAGAGUUGGCAAGGUGCCAAAUGGAAAAAGAGAGCCUGAACCUCCAAUUACUGAGCACCAUCCAACAGAAAGUGAUGCUGAGUCAAGAGCUGGAGGCCUGGCAGGACGACAUGCAGAUUGUGAUCAACCAGCAGCUGCAAUCCCAGAAACAACAAGAAACCCAGAAGGUUCCAGAGACCCCUCAGAAUUCCUUCAUGAGAAGGGACAGCAAACAAGGGAGGAUCUUCUCCUUCUUCAAGAACAUAUGAUGGUGAAGGACACUGCCCACGAUGAGCACUGUUACUACUUUUUUUAAUCAUAUUUUUGUAAAUACCUCUGAGAGGGAAAGACUGGACGUUGCACGUUCUUCUACCCAUUGGUCUUGUGUCACAUGAUCGGGAUAAUACUCAUUUCCCAGGGUUACCUCUUUGUCUAACGCCCCAUAAUGACCUACCAUCUUUCUCAAAAAAGUUGGAGGAAAUUCAGAAGAUCAACCUGACCCUCAUAAGAGAAUUCUGUCACCUGGAACAGGACCUUGUACCCACACCCCCAUUAUAUCUGAGAGGUCAUGAUCUCAUUAGCUGUGCUCAAUGAUGUCAUCAUACAGGGAGAUAUUCCUGGAUGAUAAUGAGAUGCCUACAGUGAUCAGAGCUACCAUCUAUAGCUGAUGGGACCAGAAAUUUCUUGUGUGCUCCAGGGACCCUCCCAGAGACACCGCUGUACCACAUCUGCGUCACCCUGCAGGGGGAGGAGCAAAAUUCUUGUCCCAGUGACCCAUUCCACUGGCUACAAUCCUGUACUACCCUACGUUGUGUAUGACAACAAGUUCCCUUAUGAGUGUUCCUGCGGUGCCCUGCAGUGGGAGGGGCAUAUCAAACCUAAGCUGCCAAUAGUAUGACUGGGCUACUUUGCAGAGAAGGCAACAGACGCCAUGCUGGGUGGCUCUGCCAUUUGAUUUGGGGGACAGAGGGGAGCAGAGUGAAGCAAUAAUGGGUGCAUCGUACUUUAAAGCUGUAAAGUUCUAUAGCCUGUACAUACUGUCCAUGAAUUGAGUGUACAUAAAAAUGAAUAUUUAUAUACUUAUUUUAACAAA